UAUAAAUAAUCUGGAUCACCUGUACAAAUUACACAGGAGAGCUGGACCUGAAAGAGCAGUAAAACUUUUGUGUCAAACAGGACAGAAACAGACUCAAAACUAUAUCUGUAAAAUGGAGGCCUUCUUUGGAAAUUGGAAACUGGUCAGCAGUGAAAACUUUGAAGAAUACAUGAGAGCAAUAGGUUUGGCAGAAGAAGUAGUACAAAUCGGGAAUAUAGUUACACCAGUGUUGUCCAUUUACCAAGAUGGAGAGAAGUUAGUGAUGAAACUGAAGACCAGCGUCUUCAGCUCUGAAAAGUCAUUCGUACUGGGCGAGGAGUUUGACGAGAAUUUUGCCGGCCAAAAAUACAGAUCUGUUAUUAACCUGGACGACGGCAAAUUAGUGCAAACACAGAAAUGGGAUGGUAAAACGACCAUCCAGACCCGCAAGAUCCAAGAUGGCAAGAUGAUCUUGACAAUGAGUUAUAAAGACACUGUGGCAGUGCGCACCUACGAGAAGAUGGCUGAUUGAAAUCUGAAACAAGCAGGAUUUUACACCUCAUCUGAUUGUGAUGACGCAUGAUCUGAAUGUGAUCUGCAAACGUUUUAUUAUUUUCUUUCCUGAUAGAUCACUGCAAAGCUGUCUUAGGCUCAAUAAGAAAUAAACCAAAAGGUCCGGUGUCUUUAAAUGGAAUACAUUUGACACUGAUGCAACUGCUUUAAAACUAUAGUAUUGUUGGGCUCCAUUCACCAAUAUCGUCCAAAGUUUGUUCUUAAAUGUGGCCUCAUAAAGUCCUAAGAAAAAUUCUAUGUCUGACUCAUGACGUGUUCUUAAACUGCAAAACUGUUCACACCUUUGUGCUCUUGACUGUGAGUAGAUUCUGUUCUUUGCUAAGAACAAAUCCCAACUAAGAGAACAUUAGUGAAUAUCAGAAUCUUUGUGAUAACUGCAUAAGAGUGUUUUAAGAAAAGUUGGCAAAUGAGGCCCAUUAUUAUUAGGGAUCCGAGCACAUAGUGUAUUAUUGUAAUUGUUAGGGUAGGAUUCUUCUUAUUCUGUCCUAAAAUUAACCAGUAAGACUGGUCAUACAGACAUUAAACUUGGUCAACUGGUAGUAUUCCCUUCCAAUACUCAGUCCCUCUUGAUGAGCCUGGUCAGCCUGACAGGCACUACUGUGCAGCAUUUUGUAUUUGGGCUUGCAACUCUUCAAGAACGAUUAAGACUUCUGCUAACUGGGUGCUACAAAUGUAUCCAACAUUAAAACUAAGUAUAUCUUUUUCUCCAUUUCACUUGAGGACUUCUUCUUCUUCUUUCGGCUGACCAAGAUAUCCACUAUUCCUCCUCAACACAUGUCCAAACCAUCUCAACCUCGCCUCUCUGGCUUUAUCUCCAAACUGCUCCACCUUCACUGUCCCUCUGAUCUGCUCAUUUCUAAUCUUGUCAAGCCUUGUCACUCCCAACGAAAAUCUCAGCAUUUUCAUCUCCGCCAGCUCUGGCUCAGCCUCCUGUCUUUUAGACAGAGCCACAGUCUCCAAACCAUACAUCAUAGCAGGACGCACUACUGUCUUGUAAA